GUAGGAGCCAAUGCUUUAAACACCAGGUGUGUUAGAUCAGUGGGGAAGCUCUCCCUCCUGUGGUUGGAAUGUAUGUGAUGCUGUGAACUGGAAUGAAAUGUUUGAAGAACGGCAUAAAAAAAAAGUCAGAGCUCUACAAUUGCUGGAUUCUGUCUGAUUUUUUUUCGUCGCAAACCAACAAGUUUUGCAGCCUUCGUUUCCACACGGCGUUCUCUGUCUGGGGUGGAGAUGCAGGCCGCCUUGAAGAAGCUGAGCUCCUCAACUAAGCCUGCAAUUCCAGCAGCAGCCUCCAGCAGAACCUCUGGACCAGCUCUCUCCUCAAAGACUCCCGUAGAACCCAGCGAUGAGGAGCAGGUCAGGGCAACUGCUGACACGGAGAAGACCUCAGGUGCACAGGCAUGUCCUGCCUCCGCCACCUCCUCCACCACCUCUCUGCCUCCGAGAGACGCUGGUGUCUCUGUCCAGCUGGGUGACCCCACCGAUGAGGAGCUGCUGGAGGCCACAGCUGGACAGGGAGACUCCACACGCCCUGUUCAGACAGGAUCCUCCGCCACCUGCCGACGGUGCUGAGAUGCUGCCCGAGUCCUGGCGGGCAGCUCUCAGCCCGGAUCAGCAGGAGUGGAUCGGCCAGACGCUGUUUGGCAGGGACCGCACGGGGAGGCCUCGUCUCAACGACGACCUCAACCUGUGGUGGUACCCCCCCCAGCCACGGCCGGUCUACAACCAGCCUCCCGCUUCCCCCGACCCUUUCUUCGCUUGUCGGCUGUUCCUGUGGAUGCCUCACAGGAUCUGGCGUCUACAGCUGACUUGCCCCCAGCCUUCGUGCACCGGGUCCAUGACCAAGGCUGGGCUGUACAGGACCAUCCGGAGGGUCCUGGACAUCGACGGCUGGUACUUCAUGGCCACGGAGUACCUAGAAUGCUGUCGGUGCAAGAAGAAGGUCGGAGGGUGGUCACAGGGUAUCAUUGGGCAGCUGCCCCUCACCUAUAGCUGCCUGUUUCCUGCUGUACUCACGUACAAGCUGUCCAGUGACCAGAAAGUGGUUGCACAGCUGAGGUCAAGCACUCUGGGCAACAGAGCGACCCGGCUGUACAACACACUGCGGGAGCACCACACGGAGUCCUGGAUGAGGAGAUCCAACGUGGGUAACGAGCACGGCCAGGUCCUCAUGAGCGUCCUCACCUGCUCGGAGGGCUCCGAGGGCCUGGACGCCAUGGCGACCGGAUUGACGGGGCGGUAUCGAGUCGCCGAGGUUCCUCCCGCGGUCCUCAUGUAUGUGGACCGCGACUGCUGCAGCCGAGACGGCGUGUCAAAGACAGCUGCCCUGUUUCAUGAGUGGGGGAACCGCGUGGUUCGUCUUGACAUUUGGCACCUGAUGCGACGUUUCGCUUACGGUGUCACAAGCGAAAGCCACGAGCUCUACCCCACUUUCAUGAAGCAGCUGUCUCGCUGCAUCUUCGAAGUGGACUCCGGAGAUACCCGGCAUCUCACCGAGGCCAAGCGGUCCGAUCUGGGGAGGAAGCACGGGAUGGUCGACCUGAGCGACGCUGAGGUGGUCUGGAGGAUCUCCAAGGAGGAGUGGAGGCUCCACUGUCGGCGCAGGACGCAGGACCGGCAGGCCGGAACACCCUGA